ACGGGCCGCAGGUGCCUCCUUUAUUGCCUAGCCCAAAAUGUAGAGCUCAAAAGACUCCCAGUUUCCUCAGACGCGGGUCCGCAGCGCGUCAGCGUCUGGAGCCAUCGCCUCCUAGGCAAGUGCAUCUCUUGGAACAGGUGUCGCCACCCGAGCGUGCGCAACCCUCAGAUCUGGGCGGCGGGCGCGCGGAGGCGAAGGACGCUCGCGGGCCGGGGAGGCCGGUGGCUUGGGCACUUCCUCCGGCCCGUUUCGCCAGAACGCCGGGUCCUGACGUUGAGGGCGGGAGCGGAGAAGUCGGUUCGCGCCGCCGGCAGGCCCCUCCCCCGCCCGGGAUCGGCGGUUCCGAUGAGGCCGCCGAGCGCGCGGCGCCGGGACCCAGCUGGGCUGCGGGACUGGGCGUGGGGAUCGGUGUGGAGCGCGGCACCCAACCCCGCCCGCGCAGUCUCCGCAGCAGCUCGGGGAGGCGGGAGCUGCGGAGCCGAAGGGGCGGGGGCUAAAAAUACCCGGCGGCGGCGCGGAGGUGCCGGGCUGCGGGUGCGGGGCUCAGGCUGCGGGCCGCGGAGGCCGGGCGGGCCGGGCGGCCCGGCUCAGCGACAUGCUGACCUUUUUCCUCGUGUCCGGAGGCUCCCUCUGGCUCUUAGCGGAGUUUGUCCUUUCACUUCUGGAGAAGAUGCAGACGCAGGAGAUCCUGAGGAUGCUGCGGCUGCCUGAGCUGGGUGACUUGGGCCAGUUUUUCCGCAGCCUCUCAGCCACCACCCUGGUGAGUGUGGGUGCGCUGGCUGCGAUCCUCGCCUACUGGUUCACUCACCGGCCAAAGUCCGUGCAACCACCGUGCGACCUCCUAAAGCAGUCAGAAGAAGUGGAGGACACUGGUGGGGCUCGAAGGUCUGUGAUCAGUGGUGGCCCUGAGCUGCUUACCCACUAUUACGAUGAUGCCCGGACCAUGUACCAGGUGUUCCGCCGAGGGCUCAGUAUCUCAGGGAACGGGCCCUGUCUGGGCUUCAGGAAGCCCAAUCAGCCAUAUCAGUGGCUGUCCUACCAGGAGGUGGCGGACAGGGCUGAAUUCCUAGGAUCUGGACUUCUCCAGCACAACUGUAAAGCAUCUACAGAUCAGUUUAUUGGUGUUUUUGCACAAAAUCGGCCGGAGUGGAUCAUUGCAGAGCUGGCCUGCUAUACAUAUUCCAUGGUGGUAGUCCCGCUCUAUGAUACCCUGGGGCCUGGAGUUAUCCGCUAUAUCAUCAAUACAGCUGACAUCAGCACUGUGAUCGUGGACAAAGCCUGGAAGGCUGGCCUCCUGCUGGAGCACGUGGAGAAGAAGGAGACUCCAGGGCUCAAGCUGAUCAUCCUCAUGGAGCCAUUUGAGGAAGCUCUGCAAGAGAGGGGGAAGAAGUGCGGAGUGCUGCUCAAGUCCAUGCAGGCUGUGGAGGACUGUGGCCAGGAGAAUCACCGUGCUCCCGUGCCCCCGCGGCCUGAUGACCUCUCCAUUGUAUGUUUCACAAGUGGCACAACAGGGGACCCAAAAGGUGCGAUGCUCACCCAUGGGAACGUGGUGGCUGAUUUCUCAGGCUUCCUGAAAGUGACUGAGAAAGUGAUCUUUCCGAGACAGGACGAUGUGCUCAUCUCCUUCCUGCCUCUGGCUCACAUGUUUGAGAGAGUAAUCCAGUCUGUUGUCUACUGCCACGGAGGGCGUGUUGGCUUCUUCCAAGGGGACAUCCGCCUCCUCUCAGAUGACAUGAAGGCUCUUUGUCCCACCAUCUUCCCUGUAGUCCCACGGCUGCUGAACCGGAUGUAUGACAAGAUCUUCAGCCAGGCAAAUACACCUUUAAAACGCUGGCUCCUGGAGUUUGCGGCCAAGCGCAAGCAGGCAGAAGUCCGGAGCGGGAUCAUCAGGAAUGACAGCAUCUGGGAUGACCUCUUUUUUAAUAAGAUCCAGGCCAGUCUUGGUGGGUGUGUGCGGAUGAUUGUUACUGGAGCAGCUCCUGUAUCGCCAGCAGUCUUGGGAUUCCUCCGGGCAGCUCUGGGAUGCCAGGUUUAUGAAGGUUAUGGCCAAACUGAGUGCACAGCUGGAUGUACCUUCACCACACCAGGGGACUGGACCUCAGGACACGUGGGGGCGCCUCUGCCCUGCAACCACAUCAAGCUCGUUGACGUCGAGGAACUGAACUACUGGACCAGCAAAGGAGAGGGAGAGAUAUGUGUGAGAGGACCAAAUGUGUUCAAAGGCUACUUGAAAGAUCCGAAGAAUACACAGGAGGCCCUGGACAGUGAUGGCUGGCUUCACACUGGAGACAUCGGCAGGUGGCUGCCGGAAGGAACUCUUAAAAUUAUCGACCGGAAAAAGCACAUAUUUAAACUCGCUCAGGGAGAAUAUAUCGCACCCGAGAAGAUUGAAAACAUCUACACCCGCAGUGAGCCUGUGGCGCAGGUCUACGUCCACGGGGACAGCUUGAAGGCCUUUUUGGUGGGCAUUGUUGUGCCUGACCCUGAGGUCAUGCCCUCUUGGGCCCAGAAGCGGGGAAUCGAAGGGACAUAUGCACAGCUCUGCACAAAUAAGGAACUGAAGAAAGCCAUUUUGGAAGAUAUGGUGAGGUUAGGAAAAGAAAGUGGACUCCAUUCUUUCGAACAGGUUAAAGCCAUCCACAUCCACUCUGAGAUGUUCUCAGUUCACAAUGGUCUGCUGACACCAACACUAAAGGCUAAGAGACCUGAGCUGAGAGGGUACUUCAAAAAACAAAUAGAAGAGCUUUAUACAAUCUCCAUAUGAACGUCAAGGAAAAGUCGUCUCAGUACAAUGGACUGUGUAGCAAUAUUAUAGUUAUUCUUGAAAGUAAGAGUCAAAACAACACAGCUGAAAAUGGAUAAGACCUGUUUUUAUGACUGAGCCUCUACCUGUCCCAAGAGAUCUUUAACAAUAUUUUCUCUAUCAUCACUGAGUACACUUUAUUUUUCCUAAAAUGACAUUGUAGCAAGCUGCUAAAAAUAUCACAAAUGGCAAUGUAAAAUCAAGACAUUUUUCUCAAGAACUGUGUACCACUAAAAGUAAUAUAUUCUCAGUGUUCACAGAACUCAUAUUAAACAUUAAAAAAGUAACUGACAUAUUGUAUUUAAUUAUUUUUGGAAUAAUAACUAGGUAACAGCAAAUAUCUAAGCAAUGUGGACUACCUUAUUCAAUUACUGAUUGUCAAAAUCAUAAUUAAGUCAGACUUAAAGUUAGGCAUACAGAAACAUGCUAAAACAUGAUCACUCAUCCUACAAAACUUAAGUCUUCAAGUAUAAUUCCUAUCAUGAAAAAAGUUUCUUUCUGAUUUUGAUGAAAUCAGAAAAAAUGAGACAUGAGAUUAUAAGAGUCCACGGUAAGAUAAAUGUUAUAUGACAACUUGCAAAGAGUUUUCAAUACAAUUUGUCAUUAAGUUCAUCAAGGCAUUCAGAAACUACCUAGAAGAAAAAGUGAUGGCAAACAGAUCAAGGCCAGUGUACACAUGUUCGUGGACUCGCACCCGUAAUAGAGUUGACUGUGCAGGGCCUGAACCCUUCUGUGAAGGGGAAGACGUGGAAGAAGAAACUCGGAGUUCUUUCUCAGGGUAGGCAGAGUUAACAUGCCUGUGUUUUUUACCAGGGCCUUCCCAUCUUCCCUUCCCAGGAUAUCCAUGCAGGAAAUCCAGUGUGACUAUGAUUCGGAACAAUUUCACUUUCAGUAAGAGCAUCAGAGCAAGGUGUGAGGAAAAGAGGGAUGUUAUUUUCCAAGAAAAUAAUUUUAUCAACAGCGUAACUGAAAAAUCUCUUAAAAAUGACCCUAGAGAAACUAUGUAGAUCCAUUACAGAGACAUACUGGCGAGGGUAUAAGCCUAUUAAAAUCUUUAAAUGCUGCUACAUUCAACUGCAAAAACCCACUUCUUGCAUCAUGUGAUUAGAUAUAAUCUGUAUAUGG